GUAACGCUGGGCGUGGGUGUGUGGGAAAGGCGGGGCUGCGGGUAAUCAGCCCCAGGAUUGGUUAUCUGCAGCAGUGCCCGUGGGGCUACCUGGGGCCGUGCGCCCGCGACACCCAGUGCCCGCUGCCUAGACUGGGCCCCCGACCGCCGCCGCCCAGAUGCUCAAUUCCUAACGCGCCCGGCGAAGCGGGGUCACCUGCAUCACAGCCUGCGGAAAUAGAUCUUGUUCCUCUUCUUUGUAUUAUCUUCUUCAUAACUACAAAUCAUGGGGGAUAAAGAUAAAACAAUUGAAUGUCAAGAUUCAGAACCAUCCACAGGGAUGAAUCAUACAACUUCUGUGUAUCAAGAAACACAGGAAGAGACGGUCAUGAACCUUAAAGGUACAGAUGGAAAUGAACCAACAGAAGGAAGCAACCUGUUACACAGCAGUGAAAAAAAGCUACAAGAAAUACCAACUGAAUCAAGUGGUUUGCAGAGGCUGAGACAGAUAUUGGCUUGCCCUCCACAUGGUUUACUGGACAGAAUCAUAACAAAUGUUACCAUGGUUGUUCUUCUGUGGGCAGCAGUUUGGUCAGUUACUGGCAGUGAAUGUCUUCCUGGAGGAAACUUAUUUGGAAUUAUAAUCCUAUUCUAUUCUACCAUCAUUGGAGGUAAACUUUUUGGGCUCAUUAAGUUACCAACACUGCCUCCUCUUCCUCCUCUUCUUGGCAUGCUGCUUGCUGGAUUUCUCCUCAGAAAUAUUCCAGUCAUCAGUGAUAAUGUACAGAUCAAGCACAAGUGGUCCUCCUCUCUGAGAAGCAUAGCCCUAUCUAUUAUACUGGUUCGUGCUGGCCUUGGUCUAGAUUCAAAGGCACUGAAGAAGUUGAAGGGUGUGUGUGUACGACUGUCCAUGGGUCCCUGUCUCGUGGAGGCAUGCACAUCUGCUCUUCUUGCCCACUUCCUAAUGGGUUUACCAUGGCAGUGGGGAUUUAUACUGGGUUUUGUCCUAGGAGCCGUGUCUCCAGCUGUCGUGGUGCCGUCCAUGCUCCUUUUGCAGGCAGGAGGCUAUGGUGUUGAGAAGGGGGUCCCGACCCUACUCAUGGCUGCUGGCAGCUUCGAUGACAUUCUGGCCAUCACCGGCUUCAACACAUGCUUGGGCAUGGCCUUUUCCACAGGCUCCACAGUUUUUAAUGUCCUCAGAGGUAUCUUGGAGGUGGUAAUUGGUGUGGCAACUGGAUCUCUUCUUGGAUUUUUUAAUCAGUAUUUUCCAAGCAGUGACCAGGACAAGCUUGUGUGGAAGAGGGCAUUCCUGGUUUUGGGGUUCUCUGUGCUAGCUGUGUUCAGCAGUGUGAACUUUGGAUUUCCUGGAUCAGGAGGACUGUGCACAUUGGUCAUGGCUUUCCUUGCAGGCAUGGGAUGGAGCAACAAAAAGGCAGAGGUUGAAAAGAUAAUUGCAGUUGCCUGGGACAUUUUUCAGCCACUUCUUUUUGGACUGAUUGGAGCAGAGGUAUCUAUUGCGUCUCUCAGACCGGAAACUGUUGGCCUUUGUGUUGCCACCUUGGGCAUUGCAGUAUUGAUAAGAAUUUUGACUACAUUUCUGAUGGUGUGUUUUGCUGGUUUUAACAUAAAGGAAAAGAUAUUUAUUUCUUUUGCAUGGCUUCCGAAGGCCACAGUCCAGGCUGCAAUAGGAUCUGUGGCUUUGGACACAGCAAGAUCACAUGGAGAGAAAGAGUUGGAAGAAUAUGGAAUGGAUGUGUUGACAGUGGCGUUUUUGUCCAUCCUCAUCACAGCCCCAAUUGGAAGUCUACUUAUUGGUUUGCUUGGUCCCAAGCUUCUCCAGAAAUUUGAACAUCAAAAUCAAGAUGAGGUUCAAGGAGAGACUUUUCAACCAGUUUAGAGGAAGCUUGGGAAUUCCAUUAGAGGAACUUGAUGGACCACUGUGUGUACACAAACCCCAAAGCUUCUGGACCCACCUUCAACCAAAAUGGAUUUCAUUUAAAAAUUUCCUCAUAAGAUUUCAUGAGCAAAAAAUAAAAAGGUUUUAUUUUGA